AUGUUCGUAUCUCUUGUGCCCGUCCAUUCGUUCAUUGCAGAAGCCAACUCAGGAAUCAUUUCUGCCCUUGUGAGAGCGAGCCGAAACGAAGACACCUGCAAAAUCGCCGACAAGACCGUGGGCAUCCUACUACUUGGAACACCUCAUUAUAGUGAUGAUUCGUUGCUUAAAGAAGCGAAGAAAUACUUCCAGUUGGUGAAUGUGAACAUCCCAACUGAUUCCGAACUCCAAGCCCGAUCGACUCGAGUUUUGGAGAUUCCUCGCGCAUUUGAAGCAUUCAGGAAAGAUAGAUCCAUCAGAGUCGAUACCUUUUAUGAGGACCAGCCUAUUAGCAUAAAUGGCGAAAAUGUCUAUAUUGUGGAGAAAUCUGUGGCCAAAUUAUGGGGAGAUCCUAAAUUUCCUAAGGCUUUGAACGGAGACCAUCAUGAGAUGGCUCGGUUUGACAGUGAGAAUGAGGAUUUUGAGGAUAUACUGAGAUCAAUUCGGCAAAUAACUGACAAGAUCAGUGAGCAGCAAAAGGCUCAAGGUGGAACCAAUAUUUCAUUCUCUGGACACAACCUCGGGUUGCAAGUUGGACAGAACAACGGCAACAUGAACGGGUACUCAUUUUUUGAUAAAAAAUUACAGUGA